AUGUCACGGAAAGUCACCCACCCGCCGGCGGAGCGGAUCGUGCCGCCGCUCAAUUUCAGUCCCGUGGAACGGCGGCUAUACCGGUCGGGGCAGCCGGCAGCCAUCAAUUUCUCGUUUCUCAAACAGCUCCACCUCAAAACCAUCAUCUGGUUGGCCCCCGAAGAACCCACCGACGAAAUCAUGGACUUUUGCUACGAUAACGCCAUCACCGUCGAGUUUUUGGGGCUCUCAGACUUUAACGGCGAAGCGAUGAACCCUUGGGACGCUUUGAAUGAACCUACAAUCAAGCGGGCCCUCGAGAUUAUCGCCGACAGCGCCAACUACCCAUUACUCGUGUGCUGCGGCAUGGGCCGCCACCGCACCGGUACCGUCAUUGGCUGUCUUCGUCGUCUUGAAGGCUGGAACUUGGCGCUGGUGUCAGAGGAGUACCGUCGUUUUACUGGUGCCAGAGGCGGUCGUCUUGUGGUUGAAUUGUUGAUCGAAAACUUUGACGUUUCUACGGUUCACGUUGACAAGAACAAGGCGCCCGAAUGGCUCCGUCCCGCUGCCUGA